UACAACUUUAUUAAGGUUGGUAGACUCAUUCGCCAACAAAGUUCGCCAACUUCAAUUAUGUAUUUAAGAUGUCAAAAGUGUCAAAUUAACUUAUUUUUGCAAUUUAAAAUCAAUUUUUGAGUUAAAAUGGCUGGUUAUCCACUUGGAAGUAUCGAUAGAGAUAAAGACCGAUAUCCAUGUUGCAUUGUCUGGACGCCGAUACCUUUUUUAACAUGGUUAUUCCCUAUAAUUGGUCAUAUGGGCAUUGCUCUAUCAAAUGGGGUAAUUCGUGAUUUUGCUGGCCCCUAUUUUGUGUCUGAGGACAACAUGGCAUUUGGAAGACCCACGAAAUACUUACAAUUGACUCCUACAUUGGCAAAAGGUGGAAUUGAAGGGUGGGAUGUGGCAAUAACAAAAGCUUCAGAGGUUUAUAAAGGAAGAAUGCAUAAUUUGUGUAUGGACAACUGUCAUUCUCACGUGGCUACAGCUUUAGAGCUAAUGGAGUAUGAUAAUGGGAGAUGGAAUAUGGUUAAGUUGGCAUUUUUGCUUGCUUUUAGGGGAAAGUAUGUUAAUUUUUUUGGGUUUAUUAAAACCUGGCUACCAUUUGUAAUUAUUCUUGGUGUAAUAAUUAUAUUUGUUUUUUUUACAAGGUAAACCUUUUUAUUAUUAUUAUAAAGCCUUCCCAUUCCAUCAUUAUUUGGCAGAGUUG